GGAGAAUUUUUAUGUAAUUUAGCCUUUAAAAAAAUCAUAAUCCUAAAUAUUGAAUACAAAAAUUGGGCUGUACUAAAAUGCACUUUUGACUGAAGAAGCCAAACAAAUUUGUUGGAAGAUGCAGGGGUGAAGCAGAAGAGAUGGAAUCAUCAGCGGGAGGGCGGCGGCGGCCGUGGGAGGCAGCCGUGUGCACGAUCGUGGCGGCGGACACCGUCGACUUCUGCUACCGCGCCUGCUCCGUCUGCGACCGCUCCCUCCCCGCCGACUCCCGCUGCCCCCUCUGCGCCCCCCGCUCGACACCCAACCCCCCUCCUCCCUCCACGCUCCUCUACCGCCUCCUCUUUGAGUUUUUUUCUUACGAACGACGAUACCUAGUAGUUGUCGAUUGCGACGGGGGAGAAGGUGAUGGUGGUGGUGUGCUUCGACCGGGCGGCGCGCGCUCUGAUGGGGUGCUCCGCCGACGAGCUCUCGCGCUUCUGCGCGGCGCACCCUUCCGCUGCGGCGAGGGCCGGGGAGGUUCUCGAAGGGGAGAUGUGCCGGAUGAGCCUGCAGGGGUCGAAGAGCGGCAACGCCGAGCACCUCCGCGUCGCGUCCGUGGCGCCGCUGCGCUCCGGCUUUCGCCCGGUUAUCGACGCGCUCAGGAGCGUCUACGGAGUCGGUGCUUCAGAUGCUCGCCAGUAGAGGAAGAGAUGGAUGUGCUAACGAUUGGGAUCGAAAUGCGGAUAGGAUUUUGGUCGCAGGUGUUGCGUUUGCCAUUUUGAACGGGUGGUGAGAACAACUGCUCCUCCUCUUCUAGACAGAGGGAGCUCAUGAGGCAGGAAUAAAUCUCUUACUUUUGCUGGAAAAAUAAGCAAUUGGGUCGAUCUGCUGUUAGAGUAAUUUGGACCUAUGAAAAUAAUAAUCCUAUAUAAGGUUGUUCGUGGUUGUAAUCAUUAUGAAAUGAUGUGGUGCUGUUUCAUCUUGUACAAUUUGGGCCUUUUAUUCAAAUGCUGAUUAAAUAUCUGAAAGUGAAAGCAAAAGAGCGGAUUUUGUUA